AGUUAAAAGCAGAAAAGCAGCAGGAGGGACAAGGCUCAGAGUAACAGGGAGGCUCAGUCCUAAUAUCAGAAGCCGUUUUUUGUUUUUGUUUUUUCUUACUGGUAAAAUACCAAUACUGAUAAAAAGAAAUAGCUUUUUUAUUUUUGUUUCAGCCUUUUUUUUCCCCAUCUUUCCGAGUUGCAGUAAGAGAGAAAAAGGAAUUAGAAUUUUUCACUUCUCUGUUGUUUUGUGAAAUUGUGUACUUUUCACCGCUCUCGUUAUUCUUCCAAUGCCCUCUGUCACAGCAGCAGGUUCACUUAGGAUCAGAAGAUGAACGCCACGGUGAACGCCUCCAAGGAGUGUGAUAGAGACACCAGUGUGACAUCUGUGAUAUUCCCAGUUCUAUACAGCAUUCUUUGUAUCGUAGCCCUUGUGCUGAACUCUUUAGCUGCAUGGAUCUUCUUCAGAAUUCCCAGCAGCACAACUUUCCUGGUCUUUUUAAAGAACGUGGUGGUGGCCGACUUGUUGAUGACUCUUACCAUCCCUAUCAAAAUCUUGAGUGAUGCAGGAGUGGGCUUCUGGCAGCUGCGGGCCUUCCAUUGCAGAUUCUCUGCUGUUCUUUUCUACAUCACCAUGUACAUCAGCAUCUUAUUGCUGGGCCUCAUCAGCUUGGACCGCUACCUGAAGAUUGUAAAGCCCUUCGGAAAGUGUGCCCUGCAGAAGGUUCGGGUCGGCCAGAGGCUGAGUGCAGCAAUAUGGGUUGUAAUGCUGUCUCUGGCCCUGCCCAAUGUCAUUCUCAGCAACCAGCCCCCUAAACCCUCGGGGGGCAAACUGAAAUGCUCCUCCAUGAAGGGCGAAGCUGGCAAACUAUGGCAUGAGGGAUUUAACUACUUCUGCCAGGUCAUCUUUUGGGGCACGUUUGCCUUGAUGGUGUUUUGCUACACGUUCAUCAGCAAGAAGGUCUAUGAAUCGUACAAAACCUCAAAGAGCAAAUCUCAUGCUGCAAAUAGAAGAACCAAAGCCAAAGUCUUUGUGGUGGUGGGGGUAUUUUUCGUCUGCUUUGCCCCUUUCCAUUUUGUACGAGUGCCGUAUACACUGACUCAAACCCGAGACGGCGGCGACUGCCGAGCAAAGAAAGCGAUCUACAUUGCCAAGGAAACCACACUGUGGCUGUCUGCAACUAAUGUCUGCCUUGACCCGCUUAUUUACGUCUUCCUGUGCAGAGUGUUCAGGAAGAGACUCAUGACCACAUUCUGCAAAGACACCCAGGAGUCUUCCAAAUCCUCACUAACGCACAUGGAGAUGUCACCAAUGGACCACACUACCAGACUGUCGCACAAUGACACAUCCCUCAUCAAUCAAUGCACAUCAGCCUCAAGUUUCAACUGCUGAUGUCUUUCAUACCUGGACGACUGUCUAGUGUUGUCGUAUGUGGCAGUUUGUUUUUAUUAGAAAUCCUGCACAAACUCUUAAAAUAAGCAGACUGUGAAUGGACUCGGACAAUUCGCAUGUGCCAGUAAUUUCAGCGUCUGUUAUUUCAGCGAAUAUCAUGCAAAAAUGUUUUUUGCUUACUCAUUCGCACAUUUCCUUAACAAAGCUUACUGUCAAUUUCUGCAUCCUGUGGUUUAAUCUUGCUCAAACUGCACUUUAGCUUAGUUAUAAGUGACCCAGUUCUGCAUGUUUGCAGUGCUGUCUUAGUUUCAUGUGCCUUUUGUGUGGUUGUAAUGUAUACUGUAAAUUUGAUCACAAAUAAUAACAACAUUAUGGAGAGAUUGGUACCUUUUUUUUAGGAUUGUUGUUCCAUUCUACCACAGAAAUGUUCCAAAUGCAGAAAAUUGUAGAUUCUAAGUCGUAUUCUGAAGUACUUUUCAACCACCAUACAUAAUUUCUGCUAUUACAAAUAAAAUCUAUUUUACUUUUUACUGCUAUGUUUCACAGUAAAAGGUUGUAAUAAUUAAAGACAACUCAUAGCAGUUGUAUUUACAAAUUACCACAAGUGCUCUGAAAAGAUUACCACAAAAACUCUUUUGUUGGCAAAUUGAUCUUGACUGAUGUAUCUUUUAAAAAACUGUUUUCUUCUUUUCUUAUCACAUGAAAAUAUGUAACAUUUGUAAAUAAAUAGCGAAAGUCAAGUAUUUCACUGACGAAAUGCUGUAAUUAGACUAAAUGCAAGUAGGUGUCAACAAAAUGUUGUACAGUAACAAUCGCACAAAUGUACUUUAAGCUUUUGUACGAGUGUGGAAUGUAAGAAAGACUGAUAAUGUUCCUUAUUUUGAUUUUCCUUUUCAUAAAUAGCGCCCUAUGUUUUCUGACAAUUUAUUACACAAUGUAUUAUCCUGUUGUCAUUAUAAGUAAAUAUCAUUUUACUUCGGAGAUAAAAUCCUACUUAUAAUAAAUUCACCCCAAAUUUUGGAAAGCUAGUUUAUGCACGGAGAACUGAUAUCGACAUGGUUCUAGAAGUCAUUGUUUUACUUGUCCACUCUAACCUGAACUGUUCUUCUGUAAAGUUUUUUUUCUGGUCGUAAUGCACAUGUGUAUUUAAUGUUUGCAUCUAAUUUUCUUUAUGUCAAUGGAUAAUUAUUUUUCAUAACUUUUUAUUAACAUUGUACAGUGGCAAAAAAGCUAAAACAAAUAAGAAUGAAAAAAAAAACAUCUUUGUUUUUAACACAAUAUCACAUUACAAACUGGGAGCUUAAAUGUUGAGACAGGGGUGGGAAAUGUCAAAAAAGAGCCAGAUGAACUAAUCAGAGAUGUGAAACAGCUGCGUCCAAAUGAAAGCAGUAAAACGGAGGAAUAGAUUAACACAAAGGGAGAUGAAAUAAGGCUCAAAGAAUCCAAAAACCAAAAAAAAGAAAAAAACAAAUACAAUAGAAUAACCCAAUAUGCAGAAAUGAAAUUAACCCCAAAAAACAGGAAUUAAUAAUGAAAUAAUAAACACAAAAAAGAAAUUAAUUUAUGUAGCAAAACCCUACUGGUAAUAAUGAACAAGUGGAGUUGACAAGAUCUUUUCUAACCAUUACAAAAACCCAAACACUUGUGGAUUCUGACAAUCUUGAGAAAAGAGUUCAUUGGGAAGGAACUGGCCAUGAUUGGAGAACUUGUUUGAUGCAUGAAAUAUCCAGCUAACUCCACCAGUGGUUGACCUGACAGAGUUAAUGCCAUUGAAACAAUGGCUGCAUUUUGACGACAAGCGAGAAGAAGGGUAAUGUGGACAAAUUCAAUUCGUCACAUUUUUGUGUGCUAUUCUGCAGCUCAACCAGAAAUAAAAUGCCUAAAAAGUACACAAAAUAAAUGAGGUAUAAUACUC